AUGGAAAUAGCAGUUGGGAUUGCGGUACAUGACUUUGAGCCUUCAGAACGAGAUCCAUCGAUACUUAGCUUCAGUAAGAAUGAUAUCGUGCACAUACUCAAUAAGGAUGCUUCCGGUUGGUGGGAUUGCCAAGUCAACGGUAUUAGAGGCUGGCUGCCUAUGAAUUACGUGACAGAGGAUAUCGACGCUUUCUACGGCAACAGCGAAGAUGAUCUCGAGACUCGUGAUGCUGACAAGAAGGAUCAUCUCAAAAUCUCAGACGAUAAUCUCAACGACGACUUUCCCCACGACGAUCUUAAUCCGCAGUCACAGCCCAAGGAUUCUCCAAUUGCAGCCGUGCGGAAUGCUUUGACUUUGGUGAAAUCUGCUGUUAUAUCUAGUCACCUGUCACACCUUCAGCCAGCUACAGCUUGUGUUAUAUCCUCGGUUAGAUCCCUUCUCGCAUCCGCAGACGCUUUGAACAAGGACUCGCAUAGCAACAAGAUUAGCGCGUCUAUCGCAGAAAACAGACGAAAUCUACUGUCUCUGCUAUCCAGGUUCGUCGUUCAAAGCAGAUUGGUUAUGAAAGAAGCUUUGCAAACCUCCAAUAAGGUUUUGCUAAGCGAGGAUCUCGAGGAGGUUAUUCCGAUGGCCGAUCAAGUUUUCGUCUUGGCUGAGAAUUUCGCAAAUCUCUGCAAGUCGCAUGGUAUUAGUCUAGGCGAAGAUUUCACCCCUUAUUCUUCUCCGCAUACAUCUCAAUUGCCUCAUCAUGAAACCAAGUGUCAAACUGAAAACGACAUCCAAAUUUCAGCUAUACAAAGACAAUCAUCUGGAAUAUCCAGAAUGACUUCCUUUGACUCUUUCAAGAGCUCCGCAGCUCAAUCCGGCGCCUCUUCAGCCGUAUCUCUCGUUUUCAAUACCCGUGAUGCGGGUGAUUAUUUGACCGAGGAUAAUAUCAAACAUGAAUCCUCCGCGGAUCAAACUUUUGACAAACUUCUUUACGUUAUCAAUGAGGCUCUCAAGUCAACUAUCGCAGCAACCCUCGGACAUUUACACGCCAUGCCCAGUCAAAAUCAUGCGUCAUCUAGUAUCCAUUUGAUCGACCUACUCAAGGAGACGAUAGCAAUAGUAAAGCGUCUUCUGACGGUUUUACAAUCAAUUCAACAGAAUGGUCCGCUGAAUACCAUCGUUCCUAGGGACGGUUCUAUGUUGGAUGAAACAAUUAGAGACACAUACCUUUCCACUGAUGAUUUGGUAGCAGCAGCGGAGUCUUUACUAUUUAAUCAACCUCAAACGACAUUGAUAGAUAGUACGCACGAGUCAAAGAGACACCACUUACUCUCGUGUAUAAUGCAAAUUUACAAGAUAACAACGGAAGCGUAUGAGAUAUCUUCGAGAAUGAUUGAGUACGCAUCAAGGGCAUCUAUACCAUUAAAAUUGAACGUAAACAUGCCAAACCGCACAUCUAAGACUAGUCUACAAGACAUAACAAAUAAUGAUUUCAACAAGACGUUAUCACAGCAAGACACGCUGCCACAAACAGUUACAGAAGCUAGUCAAAAAGAGCUUAAGAGACGGCACAGAAGACAACAGACGUUGUCAAUGUUUGAUAGAAGGACUGCCAGUCUUACGAAUCUCCAAGAUCAAUUCCAAUAUGACAACAGUGGCAAGGAAGAGGGUAAAGAAAUAUUAACGACACCCACACUCCAAGAUACCUUCGAUCAUGAUAAUGAAAAUGACCGACCAGAGAGCAGUGCAUCACAUGAUACGACUAUCUGCGCACCAUAUAUCACUUUCACAAGUACAGAAAAUAUUGGCACACCAACACAGGUUGAGAACAUGAAGAAUAUAUCUCCAACUUCAGGCACAUUCACAGAACAAAGCUCAUCACCACAGUGGAAUAAUUGGGGAAAUUCAAAUGUGCUGAAUUUGCCCACAGGCAGUCCAGAAGCGAGCAAAUCAUCCACAACGCCCGAAUCGCCUGUCGGUAUUGCAUUACCGUUGAGCACUCCGGACGUUGCAAAGGGACAUGCCGUUGGUGGCAAGAUGCCUAGUUUAUCAAACGCACCUGGUAGUUUUGAUUUAUCCGCUCUCAGACCUAGACCGCGAGCUAGAGCUGCGACUGUUGGGACAGCCGAUAUUAGUCAAAAUCGCUAUGAUGAGAAGGAAAAUUCUGCAGAUUCGCCAGCAUUGAAGUUGUCGUUCAGUGGUACGAAUCCAAGUAUUAGUAAUACACAAAGAGAUGAUCUAUCGGCAGCUUCGUUGACAUCAGGAUCUGAAGCCAACGGAUCUAUCGCGUCGACGAGAAGCAACACGGACGAUGGUUUUGGUAAGGCUGGCACGUCUACACCCGCUACUGUUCACAGCUGGGUUUUGGAUGAAAAAGGCUCGAUUCGCGACAAGCCCAAGUUUGAUAUCGGUAUUGAGACGGACAGUGACGGUGAAGAUGUUGAUAACUUGCCUCCAUUGCCGCUAAAGCAAUACAGCGGGCGUCAACGCCAGAGAGCACUCACGACAUCAGCGGCUCAGCCUUCCUCGCAUCGUGGUUUGCAAUCGACCGUCAACUUUGGGAAAUAUGAUAUAGUCAGAGGCGGUAUGAAUAACAAAAUCAUGGGCGCAACAUUACCAUCACUCGUGGCAACACUCACACCACACGAUGUGACGCUCGACAUCAAUAUUUUAGAAACAUUCAUGAUGACAUUUAGGCUAUUUACGACACCGAUCCAAUUCGCAAUUGAGCUUAAAAGUCGAUUCGAAAAUGCCGAUGAUAUUGAAAAUAACAGUAUCAGCAAUACGAUCAGACUGGGAGUGUAUAAUCUAGCCAAAUUGUGGCUUGAAGUACAUUGGGUCGAUCGAGAAGACUACAAUGCACUUGAGACUAUAGAGGAUUUGGGUGUGAAUUCCAACACUAUGAACACAUAUACCGCAUCGACUGAUGUCUUAUUGAAUCUCAUUGAUAGACGUCGCUUCGAGCAUGAGCAUCCAGAGUCGAUGAAUCACAACAACAGCUCGUACAAUUCAAUAAGCAAUAAGACAAAGUCUAAAAGACAUGAUGGACAGCAUUCGCUCAAGAUGUUUAAGAAUCUGCAAUUUUCAGAGACUAGCUCGGUUAUGAUGAACAGAUAUAGCAGGAGUUCAAUAGGUAGUUCGAUGGAUCAGAUACCAGUACCACAAAUCGGCAAGACACUUUUAAAUCACUUAAAGUCGCCUCAAGGGUUGACGUCAGCUCCACUACCUACGGACUUCGAGCCAAUUGAAAUGGCGAGGCAGUUGACAAUAAUGGAGAGCAGGUUGUAUCAGUGCGUUACUGUCUCAGAAUUACUUAGUGUCAAUGAAGGCGGAAGCAAUAAAAAAGGCGUAGAUGCGAAUGACGUCAGACCGGCUCUAAAGGCUAUGAGUGAAUUCACCACCCGCGUUACAGCUUGGGUGAGCGAAUCCAUCCUUAGAGAGGGCGAAGCUAGAAAAAGAGUACCUCCGAUCAAGUUUUGGAUCAAGGUGUGCAAGCAUUCACUUUCGCUGAACAACUACGGACUACUUAUUGCGAUUGUUUGUGGCUUGACGACAUCGACAAUCAGUAGACUCAAGCGGACUUGGGAGCUCGUACCCGUAAAACAUCGCAAUCUGCUAAACAACCUCAACACAAUGGCUGCAUGUGAUAGGAACUAUGCAGUAUACAGAGCCAAAUUACGUUCAGCUCAAUUACCCGCAUUACCAUAUGUCGGGCUGUUCCUGUCAGAUCUUACAUUUGUGCACGUUGGUAACAAACCAACGAGACCAUCAUCGAUAGAUGGCAGAAGACAGGUGAUCAAUUUUGACAAGUAUGAGAAGCUCAAGAACAUUAUUCAAGAUUUUAUGAGAUUUCAAGAGCCUUUCAGGUUGACAGAAGUGCCCGAGUUCCAAACAUACCUGCAUAGAGCAUUGACACAUGUGGAAGCCAGCAACGAAUCAGCACAAGAUUUGUAUAAUAGAAGCUGUGUGCUUGAACCAAAGAACUCGAGCGUGUCAAUGCAGAAAGUGAAGAGCAAUACAUCGAUAGAUUCUCUGAGACAUUCAGUAGAUCGCAGGGAGUUAUUUGGAUGGACAAAAAGACAUUAA